GCUGGAUGACUACGAGCUGGACACGUACGAAGAACUGGGCAGUCUGUUUACCGAGAUGCAGGAGAGCUCGUCAUCGAACGUGUUCCACGACGACGUCCGCGCUGCCGAGAUGAGCGAGAGUCAGAUCUUCAGUGAUAUCUCAAUGACCUCCACUUCGAGCCAGGUCAGCAGCGAGGCGAGCUCGAGUCGCGAGUCCUUGCCACGUUUGAGAAUCACGCCGACCGUGUCGGCCGGCACGCAGACACUCUUCACGGUUCACAAGUAUUUUUCCAACGCAACCUGCUGUAACGAGACGUACGACGGACGGACGCUCGAAGGUCAGAAUACCAACAGCAGUGGCGGCGAGGACUUAAAGCGUGGUAGGAGG